AUUAUUUUUAGUUUCCACUUUCCAAGACGCGUAUUUUCGUCCUUUUCAUGGUGGAAAUAGAACCCCACGCCAUUAUUAUUUUAUUUUCCCAUUUUCAUCACUUCACUAAGCACAAUUCAAUUUCAACUCCAGUUUCAAGAAUUUAUCAAUGGGUGCCUGUAGAAAGCUUCAAGGUGAGAUCGAUCGAGUUCUAAAGAAAGUUCAAGAAAGUGUUGAUGUUUUCGACAGCAUAUGGAGCAAGGUUUACGAUACUGAAAAUGCCAAUCAAAAGGAGAAGUUUGAAGCCGACUUGAAAAAGGAGAUUAAGAAACUAAAAAGAUUCAGAGAUCAGAUUAACACAUGGAUACAUUUCAGCGGGAUCAAGGAUAAGCAGGCUCUGAUGGAUGCUUGCAAGAUUAUUGAGCGAGAAUUGGAACGAUUCAGGAUUUUUGAAGAGACAAAGACAAUCUCUUUCUCUAAGGAAGGAGUGGGACAGCAGCCUAAAACGGAUCCAGCCAAGUCAGAGACUAGAGAUUGGUUGAACAAUACGGAUGACCUUGUUGAUGCAAUUUUUAAUCCUAGUGAAGACCUCAUUGGACUUGAGGAUGUCGCGUACUUGAACAUUCCUCUACGAAAAUUAGUUAUGGAAACUAACAACUUCAGUAAAGAAUACGUGAUUGCAAAGGGUGGAUUUGGGUUGGUGUACAAAGCCCAAAGUGAACAUGGCACUAUCGCAGUAAAGAAGUUGGAUCCUAGGUUUGGGCAAGGAGAUCGUGAAUUCAUGAUGGAGAUUGCAAUGCUUUCAGCUUAUACACAUAAAAAUCUCGUCUCUCUUGUUGGAUUUUGCAACGAGGGCGAUGAGAAAAUCCUUGUUUAUAAGUAUGAAAGUAAUGGGAGUCUUGACCAACAUUUACAUAGGAAAGAUCUAACCUGGAUCCAACGUCUUCGAAUUUGCUUAGAUGUUGCCCAAGGGUUAAAAUAUCUUCAUGAUGAUAUUGGAACACAGCAUAGAAUACUCCAUCGUGACAUGAAGAGUGCAAACAUCCUAUUAGAUGAGAAUUUCAGAGCUAAGAUUUCCGAUUUUGGGUUGUCUAAAAUAGCUCUUGCAAAUGUGCCGUGUACGAUUCUUAUCUCUGAAGUUUGUGGCACACCAGGAUAUUGUGAUCCAGAAUACUAUAAACGUGGUAUUCUAACACAAAAAUCUGAUGUUUACUCUUUUGGGGUAGUCAUGUUUGAAGUCUUGUGUGGAAAGCUGGUAGGUGUUUCAAAGCAUCUUGAUGAGCCCCAUUGCUCAUCAAUGCUUGAAGUGUCGAGGAAGAGAUCGCCCAAGAAUGAAUGUGGUUGUAAAAGAACUAGAGAAAGCUUUGGUUUACCAACAAGUUCUUUUCCUGGAAUAAUAAGGCACCAAGUGGAUUUUGUGUUGGAAGUUGCCCUAACUCUGGAUGGAUGAUCACCUGAGACCUACACUUGUAGAGAGAAACCAAGAUCAGCUUGUUUGGCGACUGUAUGAGGUAGCUAGUUCUAUUCUGAGCUAGUUCCGUAUGGGAUGAUAUAACUGUAGACUGUCUGAAAGUUCAAAUAGCCAAAGUGAUUGGUAUGGUCGGUGUAUAUACUGCAGUAUGCCUUCCAAUUAUGGCUUGUUAUUCUGAGGAAAUUGCAGAUACAUAUAGGAUGCACAUAUCUUCAACGUGAGAUGGAGUGAAUCUAUUGUUGAUGAUCGAUAAUGGAGACCUGAUGACGUUGGAGUAGAAUUGAUCAAAGAUAUUGAGGAUUUGAGACGUUGAAACAUAAUUUUUUGAUGAUGAUGGUGAUAUCAUGAUGUUGAAACAAAAUUGAUCGGUUAAGAUGUGAUGCUCAAUUAUGAUGGUAUGAUAUUGAUGAUAUUAGGUUGUUGAUGAUCUAUGGAUAUAAGAUCUGAUAAAUACUCAACAAUUGAGAUUUUAGGAAGUCAUAUAUUAUUGUUAUGAUUUAAUUAAUAACUACAAUUAUUUAUUUAGGAAGUCAUAUACUAUUGUUGGAUAAAAUUACAAAAAUGAUCCAUGUGGUGUGGUAUAAUAGGCAUCUAUAGUCCAACUUCAAUAAAAUGGACAAAGUUGGUCCUUGUGGUA